CAAAUGUCUUUAGUUAUCAACAAAAAAGAGCCUCACUUUGCUUCCGAUAUGAAGAGAACAUUGUUACAUGUAUGAGAAUUGCCAUAUAAACCCUUAUUGGAAUUGCAUUUUACAAAAUGGUCCUGCCAAGCAGCAGCUGCAUUGUAGAAUGGGAUUGCAACAAAACUGGACGCUGCAAAUUUGCAAGAUUUUUUUGAAUGAAUCACUUGCUGCACAAGCUUGGAAUACAACAGGGUGAUCACAGUAUUCAGACGAGCGGAUUCAAUAACUUGCAUAACGUAAAAACAAAACAAAUGCUGCAUUUAUAGUAGUAUUUUUUAACAAAUAUUUUAUAUAUUUUUAAGUAUUAGAAAAAGAUUUAAUACACCUUUUUUCGGGUAUCACAGUUAAUCUGCAUCCGUAGUUUUUGAAAAAAAGGGAAACGAUUUUUAGUUAGCUAGUUUGUUAUUUCUUUUUAUAUUGGAUGUGUUACUGUACGGAAAUAAAUACAUAAAUACCAGAAUGAACAAAUCGUCGUAAAAUAAUAAUUCCUUUAUGGUCUGGAGAGACAACUUAACUAAUCACAGGCUGAAAUGACUGGGUCUAAUUCAAAUAGCACAUGCACAGCAGCUGCGAAAGUGAACAAACACGCCAGAUCAAAAAGCAUCAACAACUGUAGCAGUCCUAGCAGCGACAACACUGGCGCAGAAUCUGCUGCUAGCGGUUCUGCAAACAAUGCGAGCAGGUCAUCGGGAGAAGAAGAAGAAAAAGAUGGAGGAGUUCUGUUUUAUGUGAACAAAAGUGGCUUUCCAAUAGACAGUCAGACCUGGGAGAGGAUGUGGUCUCAUGUGGCCAAAAUUCAUCCUGAAGGGAAAGAGAUGGUGGACAGAAUACGAAUUGCUGCAUACCUACCUAAACCUCCUGUGCUAUCAGUGCCUAACUUCAGGCCAUCGAUGUCUGUCUUAGACUGGCUCCUGGUGAUACAGAACUACAUGAAGAUGCUGCAAUACAAUCAUACAGGAACUCAGUUCUUUGAAAUUAGGAAAACCAGACCAUUAAGUGGGUUGAUGGAGACAGCGAGAGAAAUGAUCCGGGAAUCUCUUCCCAUAAAAUGCCUUGAAGCUGUGAUACUUGGAAUCUACCUGACCAAUGGGCUUACCUCUGUGGAGCGCUUUCCCAUCAGCUUCAAAACACAGUUCUCAGGGAACUACUUCCACCACGUGGUCCUAGGUGUGUACUGCAAUGGGCGAUACGGCUCGCUGGGCAUGAGCAGGAGGCCAGACCUUAUGGACAAGCCGCUAACCUUCCGGACCCUGAGCGAGCUCAUCUUCGAGUUCGAGGACUCCUACCGCAAGUACCUGCACACGGUGAAGAAGGUGAAGAUCGGGCUGUAUGUGCCUCACGACCCGCACGUGUUCCAGCCCAUCGAGUGGAAAUAUCUGGUGCUGACCUCCAGCAGGGUGGCACGUGAAGAAAUGCGCAAGGAGAUGGAGAAACAUGCACGGGACAUGAGAAUGAAGAUAUUGAAGUCCUCAACAGCCCAGUCUCCUAUUAAAGAGCGAACAAGAGGCAAGUCGUUAUCUCCACGCCGAAGACAAGCGAGUCCUCAGAGACGCCACUUUCACAAAAGAGAUAAAUCGCCUGCAACGAUAGACAAAAAGCCUGCAGAACUUAGCACCUUGAAUGACGUGGGGUACCAAAUCCGGAUCUGAGGGGAGAAGCCACUGGGCAGAAUCUGUGAUCUUCCAGGGUGUUCCUACUUGCACUUUACCUUUUAAAAUCUGUUUUAAAACUCUUUUAUGACUAUUUAUUAAAUACUAUGUAAAUACUUGAGUUUCCAUUGUGACUUUUAGCAAUAUUCCACUCCACGAAAUGUGUAGGUUAGGGCAAGACAUUUGACCUUCUGUUUCUGUCACACUGUAAAUUAAAUGUGACAUAACAGUUAAACUACUGGAGGUAAACAAUAAUAUAAAAAAAUGGUAUCAAAUAAUUUUUGGUUAGUAUUCCACAACAUGUACUAUAUACAGUGAAUGGCCUACACAUUAGAGAAUGUAAAUCUCUAAAAAGUCCUUCUGUGAUAUAUGCAGAUCUAUACAGUAUCUAUAUAUAAGCUGUUGGGAGUUUUAUGAUACAAUCUUGUAAAAUCAGAAGGAUCUCAUGGUCAUGGUUCAGAUGAUAGUAGGUGCCUGUGCACCCAGCUUGUACGACGAUACAGUGGGUACAUUUACCAACAGUGGGGGAGUUUCAUGUGUGGUUGUUUACACAUGAAGUGGUGAUGCGUGUGCAUGUUUGCGAGAACAGCUCGAGAGGAUCAGGUUUGUGAUUGAAAAUAACGUCUACAGAGGGAUUGAGUAAAUCUCAUUUACUUGUGAGCAUGAUGUAAAACACUGGAAAUCCACACCCAUUUUACAUGAAAAUGUCCACUGCUCCUAAUCCAGACAGCCUUGAAGCAUACGUGGAAGGUGUCACAGAUCUCUAUAAUCCUACAUCUCUGCUGGUUAUCAGCCAUGGUGAUCUGCAAUAGCUGAGUUGGACAGUUUCAUUAUAUAUCUGAGUUAUUUAUUUAUUAGUUAAGUCAUGUGAUAAAUUAGUUGAAAUUUUAUUCACUACUAACGAAAACAGUACAAGAACGCUGCGCAUGGCCAAUUUGCAUAUCGACCUCCUCCUUGCCCCUUCAUUUGCAUGAGGGUCUUCUCGAGUAGAACAAAGUGAGGCAAUGGAAACCUGAAAUGUAUUGGGCCAUUUUUCAUUUGGCUCGAGCACAAUGUCUCCAGUAACACACAUGAACCCCCCCCCCCCCCCCCCCAUUGUCCAUCAGAAAACCACCACCUGAAAGCACAAUUCUGGUCCCAAGGGUCACGACUGCAGACAUGCUCCAAGUCACAAACCUUCAACUCUGAACAAGACACACAGCUAUUGAGUGCUAUUUUAAUGAAAGGUCAAAGACAAAGUGUCUGAAAGAUAGAAAACAAUGUCAACAAUAUAAACCUAGCAACAUACUUGCAGGAAGGACCUAAUGUUCUUAUAUUUUCUUGCUAGUUUUAUACUGUUGAAAAUAUUCCACUCUGAUUAGCCUUUGCCUUUUUCAC